UUGAAAAACUUUUCAUUCAUUUCUAAAUCUUCUAUUCUACAACAAGUUGACUCGAAAUAUUGAAACAUUUGUAAAAGUUUGAUUCGAUUCAUUCGUAAAAAAUUAUCGCCAAACAAUGACCAGUCAUCGUGAUUAUCAAGCUGGUGAAAUAGUAUCCAUCAGUUCACCAUUUGUACAUGUUCUCAGAAAAGAACUUAAAGGUAAAAAUUGUGAUUACUGUUUCGUUCGAUGUAAUGAAUUAGGAAAAUGUAGUCGAUGUAAGAAAAUGUAUUAUUGUGGAAAAGAUUGUCAGCAAAAAGAUUGGAUUCAGCAUAAAUUGGAAUGUAAAUUUUUUCAAAAAGAUUUCGAUCAAUUCAAAAUAACUGNCAAACAAUGA